CUCCCGCUUAUUUCAUCUUCCUUACAAGGCUAAAGCCAGAAGCUUUCCUCUCGGCUGGGUCCCUUAAAAUCAGGAGAACAAACCCCAUGGAUCUCGGUGGAUCCAGCCGGGAUGUGCGGCUGACAGAGACCGGGAAGGAGGCGCUUCCAUGAGCCCUAUGGAAAGCACAGCAGAAGAGGCUGGUGCUCUCCAGAGAAGUGUGACAGUAACCUAUGAAUCGUAAACCAGGUGUCCAGUGAUGCAGAUCUUCUAAAGAAACGUGAAACCAAACCCAAAAAGAAAUCACUGAGGGGGAAAAAGUGCAACAUGAGAGCUAAAACGAGAACUGGCCUGUGGAGAAGAGCUGCUGGGAGCUCUGACAGACCUUGAGGACUCCUAGACAGCGCCUGCAGAUUCCCAUUGCAGAGCUGUGGGUUCAGCAGUCCAGGAUGGAGGUGCUACGCCGUUCCUCAGUCUUUGCUGCAGAGGUGAUGGAGGUUUUUGACAGGUCUCCCACUGACAAAGAGCUUGUGUCCCAAGCCAAGGCUCUCUGCAGAGACUACAUAAACUCAAGGCUGAUUCAGGCGGGCGUCAGCUGGAGCAAACCCGAGUACAACGCCCCAGUGCCUGGGGGUAAGCUGGCCGAGGUGUCCACCAUACUGCUACGACUUGGGGAUGAGCUGGAGUACAUUCGGCCCAACGUCUACCGGAACAUCGCGCGCCAGCUGAACAUCUCGCUGCACUCCGAGACCGUGGUGUCCGACGCCUUCCUGGCCGUGGCCGCGCAGAUCUUCAGCGCAGGUAUCACGUGGGGCAAGGUGGUGUCUCUCUAUGCCGUGGCAGCUGGGCUGGCAGUGGACUGCGUGCGGCACGCGCAGCCAGCCAUGGUUCACACCAUCGUGGACUGCCUCGGAGAGUUUGUCCGCAAGACCUUGGUGACAUGGCUGAAAAGGAGAGGAGGCUGGUGUCACAGAUUGUUGCUCACCCCGAGCUGCUGAUGGGCUCUUUACCACAACCACCACACAGAGGUGGAAGCUGUGAGCUGGAGGAUUGGAGAUGGAGUUGGACACCAGCACCGAGGUUUUUCCCAGCCUGGAGAGCUGAAUCCUCCCCAAAAUGGUUCUUCAUUGUUCACCAUCAUCUCUGCUCGCUGCUCUUCAUCCUCCCCUGUGGCUGGGAGGACUGGGAGGAAGGCAGGAGGCAACUGGUGUGGGAAUAUGGGAGGAGGGGACCAAGGUGUGAGUCCUGGGGAUGGAGCAGUGAUAGCCUGAGCCAUUCCUGGUUCUGGGGGAGUGGUGGCAGCUGUAGCAGUGCUCCCAUCCCAUGGCAUUUUGAAGAAUGUCCGAAGAGGACACAUCCCCAUGCCUGGAAGCAGCAUCUGAUGGGGCAGGAGGUGAGAAGGGAGCACACAUGCCUCCCCACCUGCUUCCCCUCCAUCUCCCCAACUCCUGGCAAACACUCCAGCCCCUGCUCUGCCUGGGAGCUCCUGCCCCAUCCCUGGGAGGCUGCAGGCAGGACACUGCACAGCUCUGGCUUGUCCCUCAGCCUCAGGGUGGGGACAAAUGGGACCAGGCACCCAAGGCAGCUCCAGCCCCUCUGCAUGGAGCAUGAGGACAGGGAGGGGUGACACACAGCAGGAUCAAAUGAGGAGCAAAUUCUUGGUGUCCUAAGUAAUAAAAAGCAGUGAGGUAUCAAACCCUUUAGGGCUUGAACCUUUUUGUCCCACACUGACAAACUGGACAGAAAAACCCCUCUUCCUCACCUCUCCCUUUGGCAAGAGCAGAGUGAGAGACACCCUUGGGGCCCCAGCCCUGCCCACAGUGAGAUUUGCAGGGCUGGGCUCAGGGUUGUGGUGUGACAAGAUGCUUGAUGAAGGCUCUGAAAGGCUUUGCUUGAUCUGCUCCUCCUCAUCCUCGCUGUCCAUAGCUGGUCCCACGUCUCUGCCCCCUGGGCCAUCUGCCCGCCGGCCGUGCUGCCGGUGGCCCCGUUUCCCCCGCUCCAUCCUGAGCACCAGGACUCAGCCUGCUGAAAUCCCCAGCCAGGUGGGAUUACCAGGCACUGUCUGGAGCUCCGAGCACCUGGGUUUUGCGGUCUUAGAGGACAGAACUUUGUGGAAAAUAAAGAUGGGAUAGGCUGAGAGUGUAAGAUGUCUCCUGAGGCAACAACUGAUUUAGCUCCUUGAGGGCUUUGUGCCAGAUGAAUUGGUUUUGCUGGAUGUUUUAGAUCCUGCUUUGCCCUGCCUGGGCUGGGAGACAGCCAUACUUCCCCAUGCAGCUUAAUACUUCAGGCAUGAUGGAAGAGCAGCUUAAGGACCCAUUAGAACGUGGCUGGCAGCCAGGAGUGGAUCCAGGCGAGCUGGGGUGGGUGUGUAAAAAGCAUCAUGGCACACUAGGACCUUUCAUCUCUCCACUGCCACGUCUAGGGAUGGGGUUUGGGGGGGCUGUGAAAAUAAUCUGGAAGAGAAGAUGUGUCAGAGUAUCUCCACCAGCAUCACACCAAGCCCCUGCAUGGGACGGGCUGGGAGCCUGUGGACAGCCUGGCUCGGCCCAGCUAAAAUUGAGGCCAGUGGCAGUGGGUGGGCAGUUCUGGGGUGUUUUUUUUUCUCCAGCCUGUCAGGAGAAACACAGACCCCUCAGCUAAAUCAACUCUUCACAGGACAGCCCUUGCCUUCCACCCACCUCCUUCAUCAUUUUGCAAACCCUGAAUUUUUCCUGGCCUAGAAAUGGAGACAAUGAGGGACCACUGCCAGUAGCUUGUGGAGGGGCUGUUCUGAGAGGUCCCCACCAGCCUAAGCCCUGCUUGAGGGCAGGUGCUUGGGUUUCCAGGGGAGUGGAGGACUCACUGAGAAAGCCUGGCAAGAGGAAAUAUUAAAUUGCACCUACGGGGGCAGAAGUCACCCCCAUUCCAAAUGGAUCCCCUCAUGGGAUGUGGCUUUGUGAAAGCCCUGGCACUAUCCACACCCAGGAGCAACAAAUCCAGACCUGAGAGGGCAACCUGGGUGAUUUGGUCUCAGCUCCAAAUACACCAUGCUGCAGGCCCCAAAUGAUGGGCCUGGACCACUACAGACCCCACAGGCACAUCCAGGGGCUCCUCCCAGCCCCGGCAGCAUCCCACAGCGCAGGCAAAGCAGCAGCCCAGGCAGUCAGGGAGGAACAGGAAGCAAGAUCCUUUAUUGUACACAGUACAGAAUGUAAUGCAGCUUUGCAGGAGAUACAUAGCCCUGCUUGAAUAAAGAUAUUUCAAAUCAGUCCUCAGAUUAACUCCUUCUGCACUGCAGACCUGCCACACCGAGCAAAUGGUUAAAAACCUGUCCCCAGGGUGGGGUUCCCAAAACCAAAUGCUCCCCAUGGGUACAGGCCACUGCAGCCACCAUGGGGAGAGCAACCAAGUCAUUGUAGAGUUAAUCUUCAUACUUCCCAAAAAAAAAAAAAAAAAAAAGAAUCAGACCAAAAAAAAAAAAACAACCAAAAAAAACCCCAAAAAAACCAAACAAAAAUUCCAACCGAAGCUAUCUAAAGAAGAGAAAAAAUUCCUAUACAGCAUUUACAACAAAACAUGUAGCCUGGUGCAGGGGAGGCAGGUAAGGAUAUAUGAGUGGUGGAGGAGUGUUAAGAGGUGCAGCGAGGGGUGGGGGGAGCUGGAGGGAAGUGGGGUAUUGAGGAAGGGGGGUGGGGGACCCCCCAUCCCUGCCCACCUCAGCCUUACAGCCCAGCUCCAAGGCCAUGCCGAGCAGGGGGAGCGUAGCUGAGCCAGUAUUGGGAUUCAGCCCUGGCUCCCCUGGGAAAGAGGACUGGAGCAGUGAAAUGGAGCGGACCAGAUCCUUCGACAGCCAUCCCAGGAAGCCACGGGCAUCGAGGGCUCCCCCUGCCACCAGGAAAGCCACAGGGGUGUCCCCAGGGGCUCCAGGGACAGCAGCCGAGCUGCAAAAAAUAGCUUUGCCUUAAAAUACAAAAAAUCUACAAAAAUCAGUUUAGAAACCUUUAGUAUUUUCCUAAAACAUCCCAAAAAAAAAAAAAAAUGAGAAACGAAGAGGAAGUUAGUGUCAGGGUCUCCUCCCCCAAAAUGCAACCCAUGGCCCAUAGCCAGAGCUGGGGAGGAUGGAGGGCACGGAGAGGAUGCAGGAGGUUCUGUGGGAACAACAGGUUAUAUGGGGAGGGGGCUCAGGAAGAAGGCAGAAGGCUCCUCGGGGUUGGGGUAGGAUGCUGCGCACAUCAGCCCCGGGGUGCUGG